GCCGAGAUGCACUUAGUCCAUACAGCUGGCCCAGGUAAGCUGUCUAUGCCUACCUACUAUCCUCCGGCGUGUCGUGGGGGUAUCUGUUUUAGAUCUCUCAGAAGGUCGGUCCAUGCCGGAAAGCGAUACUGUUAUCCGAGAAGAGCCCACUCGACCUCUAGGCACAAUUCGCUUGCCUUUGUUUAAGCCAUAUCUGCAUCCGAGCGUACGAGCGCAUAGGCCCGACGUCGCCGCUUCGAACUCGCUAGGUAGUCGCCAGAGCGAAGCCCAGAUAUCGGAUAGACAUCCUCCCCAUCAUGGCACCUGAUGAGGCCGCGUACGACCCGGGUAGGACUGGUUCCUGGCUCGUCUGCACCGCGUGCGGCACCCAGUUCCCCACUGCAGAUCGGCGGGAGGUGACGACGUGCUUCAUCUGCGACGACCCGCGCCAAUUCACGCCGCCGACCGGCCAGGCCUUCACCUCUCUUGACGAGCUCCGCGCAUCGGGUCACCGCAACGUCUGGACGCCCUUCCCGGACGACGGCCGGUUCGUCUCCGUCCGGACCGAACCCAAGGUCGCCAUCGGCCAGCGCGCCAUCCUCGUCAAGACACCGUACGGGAAUGUGCUCUGGGACUGUCUCACUCUCCUCGACGACGACACCAUCACCGCUAUACGGCGCAUCGGCGGCCUCGCGGCCAUCGUCAUCUCGCACCCCCAUUACUACAGCACCCACGUCGAGUGGGCGCGCGCCUUCGGCUGUCCUGUAUACCUCGCCGCCGAGGACCGGCAGUGGACGACGCAGGAGUCGGCGUACCAGGUCUUCGUGGCUGAAACGGAGCUAAGCCUGCUGCUCGGCGCGGAAGCGUCACCGUCGGGGUUCACCGUGCUCAAGCUCGGCGGGCACUUCCCGGGGUCUCUGGUGGCACUGUACGACGGGCGGCUGCUGAUCGCCGAUACGCUGUUGACGACGCCGGCGGGGCUCGGCAGUUGGGACGCGGACGCGACGGGGGCCGCGCGCGCGGGGCGGCCGGCCGGGCUUAACACUUACGCCUUCAUGUGGAGCAUCCCAAACAUGAUCCCGCUGGCCCCCGACGAGCUUAGCCGUAUGUGGGGAAUCCUGAGGAAGUACGAGUUCGGCAGCACGCACGGAGCCUUUCCGGGCAUGGACAUUGCCAAGACUCCCUCCGAGAUGCGGCGCAGGGUCCUCGACAGCAUGCAGAUCCAGGUCAGGUCGAUGGGGUACAGCACUCACGCGCUCCUGAAGGAGGCGGCGAACUAAACGCGAUCGAGUGACGCAAAAGGGGGGUGAGUGGGCAUGUGAGAAGGAAAAUUCGGGCCGAGCUGGCCAGUGUACGUUAUGAGCGCCGUUUCUAUCCUGGCGUGCU